AUGGAGAAUGCAACAAGUGAAACUAAAAAUAAUGAUCAAAAAGAUUCAACCAUUAAAAGGAUUGAAUUACCACCGGUACCGGAAGGUAUGUCAAAGAAUCAAUGGAAAAAGAUAUGGAAAAGAAAACAAUGGGAAUUAAAUAAGGAAGAAUACCGUCAGAAACGUAAAGUGAAGAGACAAAGAGUCAAGGAGAACCGUCAAAGAUUGAUUCAAUCGUAUGUUGAACGUGGUGAAGAAAUACCAAGUGAAUAUAUCAGAGAACCUAAGGUGAAUGUGAACCAGGUAGACAGCGGCAUGAAGUUGAUUAUCGAUUGUUCUUUUGAUGAGCUGAUGAACGAUAGAGAAAUUGUAUCGUUAUCUACUCAAUUAACAAGAGCGUAUGCAGCAAAUAAACGUGCUAAUAAAUAUUCGGAGAUUAAAAUCAUUGGGUUCAACAAAAGACUAAAAGAACGAUUUGAAAAUGGAUUAUCCAAUAGUAACCAUAAGAAUUGGAAUCAUUUCAAAUUUAUUGAAGAACCCGUAGAAGGGCAAGAACAAGAGAAAGGGAAUGAGAAUGAAAAUGAGAAUAAGAAUGAGGGUUUGAUGACUAGUGAUGAAUACUUGAGGCAGUUAGACCUAAAGAGGACUGUUUACUUGACAGCAGAUACAGAGGAAGAAUUAGAGACUUUAGAAGCAGACAUGACAUAUAUUAUAGGUGGUAUUGUGGAUAAGAAUAGAUAUAAAGAUUUGUGUCUGAAUAGAGCUAAACAAUUUGGUAUUCCAACCAAAAAAUUGCCAAUUGAUAAAUAUAUUAAGUUAAAUGGUAGACAGGUAUUGACCACGGCACACGUAGUACAAUUGAUGUUAUCGUAUGCAGACACAAGAGACUGGGCUAAAUCCAUGGAGACAGUGUUGCCACAAAGAAAAAUUGAUCUAGUAGGGACAUUAAAUAAACAAGAGAUGGAAGGUACGGCUGGAGAAUAA